UGUUUAUGUAUACAAAUGUUUAUUUAACGUAGCUGAAGUAUAGGACAACGAAUAUUGACUUUAACGCAGAACAGUAAAUUUACAACGUCAGUAACGGGAUAAUUUAUGGAAAGGAACAGGAAGAGUGAAUUGACGUUUCAUAAACAGAAGAUUCGCGAUUCACGCCCUCAGACGUUCACGCUAGGUAAACAAAAGCCAGAAAUUCGGGUUUUGGAUUUAAGAGGUUUUAAAAAGGAAAGUACCCUGUGUCCAAGGGAAAGCAAUUAAACUUUUCCAUUUUCAUUAUGGCUACCAUGGACCCUAAUAAAACCAGGUAAAAGUGCGGUAUAAAAUUUGUUAGCAAGCUACUUCAAAAGAUAAUCGGAUCUCUCAAGUAAGCUACAAUAAAACCUCUCGAGGUAGUCUCGUAAUUCUUUAUUUGCAGGUACGGAGUCUCUAAGCACCCUUCGAGGAUUCCUAGAAACUGCAAAUAACUGUACUUGGAAAUAAGAAUCCAAUAUUCUUGUAAUAGUCUAAUAUUCGUCUUGUUCCAGAAGUGGGGGAAUUUGGAUCCAGUCGACUAUAUUAAGGAGCUCACAGAGGGUUGGCAUGUCAUUUACGGGAAGGUGCGUUAGAAGAUUGGUUUUCCGUUCUAGUCCUUUCGAUUUUUGGGUGAUUUUCACUUGUUCGUUUUGGUGAUAAUUGUUAAUUGAAAAUGGCAGUAGAGUGGAUUAGAAAUAAUAUGCUGUUUGCCGACAAUGAACGCAAUAGGCAAUUGACGGAAACCGAAUUAAAAAUUCAGCAGUCUCUUCAAAAAAUUUCCACCACAAAUUGGUAUAUAAACAAAUAUUCGAAACCACAAAAGAUAUUAAAAGGCAUGCAGAUUGAAUAUCGUCUACCAUCAUGGAAGAAUCCUACUUUCAGAAGAAACUAUAUAUCAAAUUCAUCGUCUUCCGAUUCAAUAGAUAUAUCUCCACAUGUGAAGGAAAAUGUACACGAGAAAGCUAAGAAAGUGGCACCGCCUAUAACAUCCCACAACAACAAAACAUUUUGUCAGCAAAUAUUACCAGAAACUAAACACACGAGAUCCUCGACGAAGUCUUCUUCACCCAAGGAAGAAAUAUUGGACUUGAACAUUCCGGUAAUGAAGUUCCCUAGACAAAUUUCCAAGACUUUUCCUAAAAUGUCGCCUUCUAGAAAAAUCCAAAACAUAAAUAUCAUUUUUCCACCCGGUCCGAAGAUUGAAUUUCCAAAUGAAGACAUGUGUAAUGACGACUAUAACGGUGACGAUAGUAGAAAGACGUUUGUUUUAAAGGAACGACCAUUUAACGUUGAUAGGACUACUAAGACUGAAGAUUUACGAAACGUCGAUGUGAUAAUAGACAAAAGAAGAGAGAAUAGACAAACGAACGUCAGCUUUCAAGCUUCCCAAGCUGUAACGACUAUUUUAGAAACACUAGAAAAGCCAAACUUCGUCAAAUAUGGUGCCAAAUCUACUCCAAAAUUCUCUCAAGCUUCCGAAGUUGUGACGACUCCUUUAAGUACGCCAGAUGUAGAGCCGAAAUUUUUCAAAUAUCAUACCAAAUCUACUCCAAAAUUCUCUCAAGCUUCCGAAGUUGUGACGACUCCUUUAAGUACGCCAGAUGUAGAGCCGAAAUUUUUCAAAUAUCGUACCAAAUUUACUCCAAAAUUCUCUCAAGCUUCCGAAGUUGUGACGACUCCUUUAAGUACGCCAGAUGUAGAGCCGAAAUUUUUCAAAUAUCGUACCAAAUCUACUCCAAAAUUCUCUCAAGCUUUCGAAGUUGUGACGACUCCUUUAAGUACGCCAGAUGUAGAGCCGAAAUUUUUCAAAUAUCGUACCAAAUCUAUUCCAAAAUUCUCUCAAGCUUCCGAAGUUGUGACGACUCCUUUAAGUACGCCAGAUGUAGAGCCGAAAUUUUUCAAAUAUCGUACCAAGUCUACUCCAAAAUUCUCUCAAGCUUCCGAAGUUGUGACGACUCCUUUAAGUACGCCAGAUGUAGAGCCGAAAUUUUUCAAAUAUCGUACCAAAUCUACUCCAAAAUUCUCUCAAGCUUCCGAAGUUGUGACGACUCCUUUAAGUACGCCAGAUGUAGAGCCGAAAUUUUUCAAAUAUCGUACCAAAUCUACUCCAAAAUUCUCUCAAGCUUCCGAAGUUGUGACGACUCCUUUAAGUACGCCAGAUGUAGAGCCGAAAUUUUUCAAAUAUCGUACCAAAUCUAUUCCAAAAUUCUCUCAAGCUUCCGAAGUUGUGACGACUCCUUUAAGUACGCCAGAUGUAGAACCGAAAUUUUUCAAAUAUUGUACCAAAUCUAUUCCAAAAUUCUCUCAGGUUUCCGAAGUUGUGACGACUCCUUUAAAUGGACCAGAUGUAAAGCCAAAAUUCUUCAAACUUCGUGCCAAUUCUACUCCAAAAUUCUCUCAAGCCCAACUAUUUUCAUCUGCUAUCAUCGAAAAUAGUCCAAAAGAAAAGAAUAUUUCACCCAGCAUACUGGAGAGAUCUUUGAUUUUCGAAAACAAGUCAAUGAAUGUGUCGAACAAGUCUGAGAAUAUUCGAAGAUUUAAGAAGAUAUCUCCGAAUCUUCUGGAAAAGACGUUUAUCUUCGAAAUGAAUUCAACGCACAGCAGUUUCCAAGAAUCGAAUGACUCCAUAGACUUUGAGCUUUCGUUACAGAGUAAACAAUUGAAUUGCAAGAAGAAUAUAGUUCGAGAUAUCGUUCGAAACUUAGAUGAAAAAGAAAAGAGAAAAUCGUUGCAGCCGCGUCAUAGCCAAGAUGAUGACAAAAAGUGCUAUGUGAAGAAAAUAGUGAAUGCUUUGGAUAAGGGAGACAUUUCUGGAGUGACAAGCCUAUUAUCAAGAAGUUCUACAAUCGACGAAGACAGCCCCAGCGAAUCAGAGACAAAAUCCUACGUCACAUCAAACUUCCCCAAGGAUACGGAUUACAGUGAUUAUAGUCAAAGAUCGCCGACUCUGAACAGCGACGACGAUCAAACAUUCGUUUCUGAAUGCCUCAAAGAAGACACGUUGGAAGCCAAAGAGAAGAAAAGUGCUGGGGAUGAUUCUGUUUAUUGGAUAUCCAUACCUAGAUCUACACUACCAAGAAGUAGUUCUCUAUUGAGCAUGAUCUCCGAAUGGUCCAACCCUGAUCACUCUCCAUGUAUCAGUCCGAUUAAAAGCCCGAAUGAAGACGAAUAUUCAUUACAAACAAGCUGGGGAGCUACUUACAAGACGAGCAACCCACUCUCCAAGAAAUUGUUCCACGAGACCGUAGUGAUAGAUUCAGGAUACUCUGAUUAGAGUGGAUCUUAUUUUUCGACCAUUGAGUUUUCCCACGGUAGCGAGUGUAUCAAAAAUUUCUGAUAAAAACUUAUUUACAUUCAAUAGUCAUCAGAGAAAAAUGUAGUCACUCUUUACGAGUGAUUAAGUCGGUAAAAGUCAAAAGAGAGGAAUUUGCGAAUUAUUUCAUGAUUCAAUUUGACGUAAAAUGUAAUCUGAUUGUCAGAGAAUUUAUUUCUACAAUCGCGAAUAUUUGGAUAUUUGCUUCGAUACUUUUCAGAUGAUGCUUCCAGUGACUGGAUAUAACACGUAUCGUAUCUUUUGAGUAUUCUGCAAAUAUAAAAUAAUAAUAUUGUGGUAUAAUGAAAUUAGAUAUAGUAUAUGUAUAUAAUAAAAUUUAAUGUAUAUGUAUAUGUAAUAAUAGGUAUAUUGAAUAUUAUAAAGACUGGAAAGAUCGAAGUUACAUUGAGAAUAUUCAUAUUUUUGCGAACAUUUCGUUACAUUACGCAUGCGACAAAUUGGCGGUAAAUAAUUUUCAAAUUCAUUGCAAUUCAACUUUGAUCUAUUUUUUUUCUUUUUUAUUGCAAGCAAGUGAUUGAUCAAAAUAAUGUGAUUUUAUAUUUGCUAAUGAUAUGAACGAAGUCUGAAUAUUGUAGGCAUUCCGUGAAAUUCAAAUGUGCCUUCCUCUUUCAAGUCGAGCUCGAAUCUCUUAGAAUAACGAAUUAUUUUAAUUGUGAAUUUUCAAUCGUUUCACGCAUAUUAUAUGCAUACGAAACUGUAUUUCCUAUAUCUAUCUAAUAUUGUUUAAUAUCUGAAAAUGAAGAAUUUGAUUUUGAUUGUUUUUUACCAAUAAACUUAACUAGUUUUUUGUAAAAAAGUUAUAUUGGAAGUGAUGUUCUAUCGAUAUUAGUAUCGAAAUAAUGCAUCGAUAGUAUAGUAAACUAGUUUUAUUUUACAUUAAAUAUACUUUUCAGUCUGACUAGGACAACGUGAAGACACAGUUGUGAUGUUCAAAGCUAUAAACUAUGCGAAUCAUAAGUGUAUAAAGCGGAUUUUAAGAUAUUGUUUCAAUGUACGUGUUUGAUGAAACAUAGUAUUGUCCAUUAUAUAUACAAUUUAUUCAUGUCUUCAAUGAAAAAUUUUUUCUCUGGCGAUUCGAACAAAUGCCAGGAUACUCGGCGAUAGUCACUGAUCGCUAUAUAGAAAUAAAUUGUCUCGGCUAGGAACUUAUUUGGAAAUUUUCUAGUGGAAAAUUAGCUACAAAAAUUCUUGUAAUAUUAGGUAAUAGUUACGUAUAUAAACCACUUUUAACGUUCCUAUAUUGAUCUUUUUUUUAACUUUUUCGCGUUAAAAAGAUACUGGCAAAACUCUUUUCUAAAAUUCAAUCUAAUUUUUUUUCUUUGUAAUACUACAAAUUAAUUAUUUGCUAACGUAUUUCAGAAUCAAUGGAUUCAUUAGAAUCCCGAAUGCGACGAAAUGUAUGAAUGAAAAUUAAAACGCAAUGGAAUGUUUAAUUAUAAGAUUAAGUUUUAACACUGACUUAUUUGCGAUCCAGUACAUAGUGUCUACUACUGUAAAGUAUAGUAAUGCUUCUUUAACGAAAAAUUGUAGAGAGAAUUCUUACAAAGUUCUAGUAUUUCGGAAUUCCAAUAUAAUGGUAAAAUUAUUUUGUAAAAUAUUUCUUAUGCGAAGUAAGUCAGCAUCUUUGAAGCAAUAUUUGUUAUAGCAGCAUGAUCAUAAUCUUUUAAAAAUAAUACAAAAUAAUAUCUUGAUAAUGAUUUUUGUAAAAGUAGAUUUUGAGAAAUAAAGCAAAGAAU